AUGGAGCAGCGAAAGCUUGUGGUUAUGGGUAUCCCAUGGGACGUUGAUACUGAGGGCUUGAAAGAAUAUAUGAGCAAAUUUGGUGAGCUAGAAGAUUGUUAUAUUAUAAAGGAGCGGUCAACUGGCCGGUCUCGCGGUUUUGGAUAUGUUACAUUUACACCAGUGGAUGAUGCUAAGAACGUGCUAUCUAGUGAACACAAUCUUGGCAACAUGAUACUGGAAGUCAAAGUGGCCACACCAAAGGAGGAGAUGAGGGCACCGGUCAAAAAGGUUACCAGAAUCUUUGUGGCAAGGAUUGCCCAAUCAGUAACAGAAGCAACUUUUAGGAGUCAUUUUGAGAAAUAUGGUAAUAUAACAGAUUUGUAUAUGCCAAAGGAUCGAGGAUCUAAAACUCAUCGAGGAAUUGGUUUUAUCACUUUUGCAAGUGCAGAUUCUGUAGAGAACUUGAUGAAAGAAACCCAUGAACUCGGAGGUUCUGCUGUGGUGGUUGAUCGAGCAACACCUAAGGCAAGAUUGUUUAGAGCUUAUUCAUUUUUCAUUGCAUUUUCCAUUGAAGCAAUUAUCUGUUUGUAG